UUUAUAUUAAUUUGCAUUCAAAUUCAUCUAUAUUAGUGUCUGAAUUUAGCUACCAUUCAUCUAUAUGAAUCAGAGUUUCUGUUUCUUAAUAAUAGGGGAUUUAUGCAUGUAGUAUUAUAUAUGGUUUAAAUCUUAGCUAAUUCCUUCUUUAUCAUUUAAAAUUAUGGAUUCAUAUUUUGUUUUGUAGUUUUUGAUGAAAAAAAAAAUUGAAAAUAGUGUUAUAGAUAAGGACUUAAGGAUAGGGGUAGACAAUCCAGCACUGAGAAACCCAUAAUUUUCUCAAAGCACAGUUAGGCCUUCAACAACAUUGACGUGAUCAUCAUAAUCAAAUUGUUCUCCCAUCUCUUUUUCUCUUCCUUCUUAUUGCAUAUCUUCGAGAGAAAAUCAUGCAGAUUUACUAGGUCUAGUCUCGAUCUAGUCAGUAUUUGGUCAAAAACAGGCAAAUUUGCCAGAUUUGCCAAGUAUAGGCUAAGUUUGGCUGAAAUUAAGCCAGAUCUAUGUUGGAUCUGGCCCCAGAGCUAUCAUCCACUCAAUCAGUAAAAAAAAAAAAAAAAUGUUGGUGGCAGUUUUGGAAAUGGUGAAACCAAAAUUCCCAAUUCAAUGGUAGCUAGCGGAAUCAUCGAAUCAACACCACAUAGUCCAACUUUGAAUGUAAUUUAAUCUAAUCAUCGAAUCAAAGCCAGGCGUGGUACAAAUUUGAAUGUAUUGAGUUUGGUUGUUUGGGGAUUCUCAGUAGAACUAAAAGAAUGGGAAAUGGGGUUGUCUGGGACUUUGUUAAUUAGAUUAAAUUACUCUUUUCUAUUAAAAUUGCAGUUGUGAAAGAUUAAAGAUGGAGAGAUUAUUUAAACGAACAUCAAACGAGUUAUCAUCACCCCUUAUAGAGAGUGAAAGAUCAAAACAGAGUUGUGUAGAACUAAAAUCUUCCUUCCGAUCCUGGAGUAAGGACUAAAAUUUCAGAUUAUCAUCACAAUCUUAGGGAUAAAAUUAGAAGAGAGUAUCUGCUAAGAUGUCCUUGUCAGCUAGAAAUCAUCAAUUCGUCCAAACACAGUGCAGAGAAGAAAAACGAAGGUUUGUCUCUGAUUGGUUUAAUGACUUCCCUAAUUGGUUAGAAUAUAGCAUAGCCAAAGAUGCUGCAUUUGAUUUCAUAUUCAGUUUGCAUUUGAUGAGAAUUAUACUUGGAGUCACUCAUGAGUUAUCACAAGCCCUACAAAAAGAUGAUUAGGACAUAGUGAAUGCUAUGGAUUUAGUGAAAGUGUGCAAGAGAAAAUUGCGAACUUUAAGGGAGAGUGGAUGACUUUCUUUGUUUGAGCAGAUUGUUCUAUUUUGUGAAAAAGAGAAUAUUAGUGUUCCAAACUCUCUGUUUUUCUAGGUAUGUGCUCUAUUUUGCUUCUUGCAAACCCUCUGUUUUGUUAGACCUUUUGUGCUAUUGAACAUUGUUUUUCAAGUUCAAGGGCUGAGCAUGAUAGUUUGUAAUGAAUGAGUCACAUGACAUUUGCUAGUAAACUCUGUUUCUUUUAUUGCAUUCCUCUACUUCCCAUUUAGUGCAAAUCUGUUGAUGAAUGAAUCACUUGAAAUUUUCUAUUAAAUUCGGUUUCUUUGAUUGCACUCCUCUGCUUCCCAUUUGGUGCAAAUAUAUUAAUAAAUGAAUCUAUUCCAGCUUGCCCCCAGAGGUAUAUAUUCCUGCGUCUGCCACUGAAUAGCGUAGUCAGAAAUUUUGUUAAGGGGGUCAAUGCAUAGCAAAGUUUAAGAAAAAAUGAAAAGUGGUUUUCAAGUAGAUACUAUUCUACAAAUUUAAUCACCUAAAUAGCCUACAUAUUCACCUAAAAGUUAUUUGGUAUAAUAAAAUAGGUAAGAAAACCUGUAAAUCAUGACAAGAGAAACAUACUACUGAGAAACAAGAAAAAGAGAGGGAAUAGAUACAAAAGAAGUUAGUAUUAUUUGAUGAGUAAAGUAACUUUUCUUUUGUUUUAAAAAUGGGCAAAUAGUGAAUUAUCUCUUCUAUCUCAUAUAGAAAAUUAUAAAUACAGUACAUAUAUAAUAGAUUUUUUCAAAAUUUUGGCAAGGGUCAAAUGACUCUUAUGGGCAUUGAACUUUCUGAAGACUGAAGUGGUUCAAGAAUGCUAUUGUAUUUUCUAAGGAUUGAAGUUCAUAAUAUGAAUUUCACAUGGGAAGAUAAGAAAUUUGUCUAUGAAUUUAUGUAAUACCCCGAAAAUUCGUUAUUAAUUUCUUGGAAUUUCUGCGAUUUAAUAAAGUGUUCAUUAGUACGAUUUCGUGAUUCGAGGGCGGAGUGGAAUUAUUUCCGGACGAAUAAUUAUUCGAAAUGCACGUUUUAGGGGGGUUACGAAGCUUGACUUUUUAUAAGUGAGGAUUCUGUGAAAACUUCAUUCACGAAAGUCGUAGAGCGCGUCGAUACGAGUUCGUGCAUAUGUGGAACGCGAAAAUCGGAGUUCGUGUGAAGAAGUUAUCGCAUUCGGGAAAACUUUCCAUUUUUGUAUAAAGGAGGAAAACUUUCCAGAAAAGGCCAGAUUUCCAUUUUAGGAAACCCAGCUCUCUUCUCUCUCCUCCCGACCGGAAAUCGCCAGAAAACUUCUUCCGGCUAUUUCUUCCUCCUCCGGCCACCUUUGGACGUGAAAUUCUUGGGUUAGCCUCGCCUCGACCUUGCGCACCUCCCCGUGGCCGCCUUGCAACCUAUCUCAGCCUGUAGCCGCCGCAGCAACGAAAACCCGACCCGAGCUCAUUUUCGAGUCAACGGCGUUUUCUCUCAAGUCCGGCCACCUUUACUCGGGAUUCUUGGCUCUCUGAACUCGCCUCAAGAUGCUGAACAAGCUCCAAGAAGGAUCGGCCCUGAAGUAAGGCUUUGACCAGAAAACUCAAGAUCGCCGGAAACUGGGAAAAUUCCGGCAAAUCCGAAGCUUCCAAGAACUACAGAAGAGAGCAGCAACUUAGCUUAAUAAGCUUAGCAAGAAGAAGAUGGCAUGGCUACCUUUGAUGGUGCAGAAGCCGGUUUAUUUUCUGGGGAGGCAAUGGAACGGUGUCGACAUAGUUAAUGUUUUCACCCUUGUUGCUAUACAUCUUCUUGCUCUUCUGGCGCCAUUUCAUUUCACAUGGUCUGCGUUUUGGUUGGGCGUAGCACUCUACUAUGUCACUGGUGUGGGGGUAACUAUAUCUUUUCAUAGAAAUCUCGCCCACAGAAGCUUCAAGCUUCCCAAAUGGCUCGAAUACUUCUUCGCCUAUUGCGCCGUUCAUUCGCUUCAGGGAAGUCCACUAGAAUGGGUUAGCUCACACAGGAGUCACCACCAGUUUGUGGACACGCCGAAUGACCCUCAUACCCCUCUUAAAGGUUUAUGGUUUAGUCACAUUGGUUGGAUCCUUGAUUAUCGUAAACGUUUUGGAAGUUAUGAUGGAAAACUAUACAAUGUUGGAGAUUUGAAAAAACAGACAUAUUAUAAGUUUCUUCACUACACGUACCCUUAUCAUUGUAUUGCUUGUGGAGUUGUACUCUAUCGCAUAGGAGGAAUGCCCUAUUUAGUUUGGGCACUGGCUGUGAGAAUGAUAUUUUUUCUCCAUGUAACUUUUUCAUUAAAUUCGGUUUGCCACAUAUGGGGAAACCAAGUAUGGGAUACUGGUGAUUUGUCCAAAAACAACUGGUUAUGUGGAUUGCUAGCUCAUGGAGAAGGUUGGCACAAUAACCACCAUGCUUUUGAUUACUCAGCUCGACACGGUUUUGAAUGGUGGCAAAUUGAUAUUACUUGGUAUCUGAUAAGGUUUCUUGAGAUUGUUGGUUUGGCAACGGAUGUUAAGCUCCCGACUGAGCUUCAGAAGAACCGAAAAGCUUUGUCAAACAAAAUCAGUAGCAUGGAGGAGGAGGGAAGGUUUGAAACAAAAGUGAAAUGAUUUAAGAGGAAACCUAGCUGCUCAGAAUCUCAGAUCGAUAUAAUCUGAUAUGAGCAUAUGAGUACAUGCACUGUGCUAUAUAUAUAUAUAUAUAUAUAUAUUACAACAUUGCUUUGGUUUCUCUAUAUCGAUAUGUUUUAAUACGGUUUUAUCAACAUAUCUCCUUUUGGUGAGUAAUAUUUACUAAGUGAAAAUAAGUGGAAACUAGUCUGCAAAUUAAUAUGGAUCGAGUUUAUCUUUCUCA